AUGGAUUCGCAUCGAAUCUGGUGGCUUUUCCUCUGGCUAUGCCCGUUUUUCCUUCGAUUUGGCCACUCCAUAUCCGAAUUCGAGGUGGAUCCGGAGAUUUUGUGCGGUGAGGGCUGUAAAGCAAUCGAAAAUGGGGAUUUCAACGAGUUCUGGUGCGUUUAUAAGGCCCGCAGCAGCAAGGAUUUUGUGUAUGCUGGGAUUUGUAAGUCAUUUUUGGUCAACUUUUGUGGAAUAAAAUACGAAUUUUUUUAUUUUUUUUUAUUUUUUUUUAUUUUUAUAUAUUUUUUUUUUGAUUUUUUUUUAUUUUUUUAUAUUUUUUUUAUUAUUUUUUUUUUUAUAUUAUUUUUUUUUUAAUUUUUUUUAUUUUUUUCAAAUUUGCAUAUAUUUUUUUUAAUUUUUUUUAUUUUUUAAAAUUUUUAUAUAUAUUUUUUUAUUUUUUUUAUUUUUUAUUUAAUUUUUAUAUAUUUUUUAUUAUUUCUUUUUUAAUUUUUUUUUUUUUUGUUAUUAGUUGUUAUAAGUGUUUUAAUUUUUUUUUAAUUUUUUUAAAUUUCUUUAUUAUUUUUUAUAUUUUUUUUUAUUUCUUUUAUUUUUUCAGGCGGUACCGGCAACCAAAGUGAUAUAAAAAAACUGGAAGUAAGGUGAGAAAGUGAUAAAAACGAGAUUUUUAUUCGAUUUUUUUUCAAUUUUUUAGUGCUACCGUUCUGAAAACCCCUUCGGAAGAGAAUUUCCCCGUCCGAUUGAUCCCAUUCACCGAGCAAUCAGCCUUCACCACUCAUUUUGCAUACGUCACUGAAGAUAAGGCAUGGUUUACUAGGGAUCUGUAAGUUUUUUCAACUCGAAAAUGAGCAAAAUAUUUUUUUGCACUGUGCAAAAAUUCGAAUUUUUUUGCACUGUGCAAAAAUUCGAAUUUUUUUGCACUGUGCGGUCGGAAGAAAAAUAAAAUUUGCGAGAGCACAGUGCGGAAAAUUUUUUUUUGUUUUUCACACAGUGCAAUGACAGAAAAUAAAACUGUUUCCUGCACUGUGCAAUCAAAAAAGUGAAUUUUUUGCACAGUGCAAAAAUUUGAAAAAUUUCUUUUGCACUGUGCAAUCGGAAAAAUUAUUUUGUUGCACCGUGCGAUUCGGCAAAAUACUUUUCUGCACAGUGCAGAAAAGUUUUGAAAAAAAUUUUUGCACAGUGCAGUCGGAGGAAAAACAAAGCUCGCAAUUGCACAGUGCGAAAAAAAAUUAUAUACAGGGUGGUUCAGCUACGUUCGCGGAUGUAAAAUGCUUAUAACUUUUUAUAGGAUUGUUCAAUUUUUAUGAGCAAUACCUCAUUUUAUUCCUUAGUAGUUACCAUUUUGUUUAAAAAAAAGAUCAUUAAAAAUGAUCAAUCCUACGUCGGGUUAUGACCCUUCAAAGUCAAACAUGCUUUUUCACGUAAAUUUUAAAAAAAUUUACGGAUUUUUUCGGAUUUUCGGAUUUUUUUGAUUCCAUCGUAUUCUACGCAAAAUUCUAUGACUUUUGAAGCCCACUUACAAUUUACAAUUAUCGACCGGUCGAAAGUUAUAAGCGAUUUUCGAGAUUUUUCGGAAAUUUUCAGAUUGAAGCGUGAAAAGGCAAGUUUGACUUUGAAGGGUCAUAACUCGACGUAGGAUUGAUCAUUUUUAAUGAUCUUUUUUUUAAACAAAAUGGUAACUACUAAGGAAUAAAAUGAGCUAUUGCUAAUGAAAAUUGAACAAUCCUAUAAAAAGUUAUAAGCAUUUUACAUCCGCGAACUUAGCUGAACCACCCUGUACAUGAGGGAAUAAAGUUUGCGAUUUGCACAGUGCGAAAAAAAAAUUUAUUUGUUUGCACUGUGCAAUCAAAAACAUUUUGAAAAAACAAUAUUUUUUCGCACGGUGCGGUCGAAAAAUUUUUUUUGCACGGUGCAGAAAAAAAUUUUUUUUUGAUUUUCUUGGUUUUGCACAGUGCUUACUAAAAAGUUUUUUAUAUGCACUGUGCAAUCAAAAACAUGAUUUUUUGCAACGUGCAUUUUGAAAAAAAAAACAAUUUUUUUUCGCAACGUGCAGUCGAAAAAAAAUUUUUCGCACUGUGCAGAAUUAAAAAAUUUUUUUUUGAUUUUUUUUUCAAUUUGCCUGUUUUUUUAGAAUUUCCGAAGUUUGCAAUCCCAACUCUUUCGACUUUCAUCCAGGGGGCUUUGUGGCUGGAACCGACUUUCAUCGCUCAAAAACCACUGGAUAUGAUUCGGCGGAUGUCUGCGGUUUUGUGCCACUAGCGAUGUCUAGGUUUGAGAAGUUUAAAUACGGGCAAUGCUUUGCAAGUUUUUUUUAAAUUUCAAAAAAAAUAAAAAAAAAAAAAUUUUUGAAAUUAAAAAUUUUUUUUUUUAAAUUUUUUUUUAAUUAAAAAAAAAUUUUUUUUGAAAUUGAAAAAAAUUUUUUUGAAAUUAGAAAAAAUUUUUUUUUUAUUUUUUUUUAAUUAAAAAAAAAUUUUUUUUGAAAUUGAAAAAAAUUUUUUUGAAAUUGAAAAAAAUUUUUUUUUAUUUUUUAAAUUUUUUUUUAGAAAUUAAAAAAAAAUUUUGAAAUUAAAAAAAAUUUUUUUUGAACCAUUUUUUUUUCAUUCUAGGAAGAAAAAAUUUCUUGUGCCACCGACAUGGACACACUCGAGUUGGUGUCAAUCCCGGGCCGAGCUCAGAGCGUGUACACGAGAGCUGGGCUGUUUGUGUAUUUGAAAUGCACAAAAGCCAUUUGCAGGACAAUGAUCCAGGAUAUUUUGGCAAAGUGAGUUUACUAUAGUGAUUACAUAAUUUUUUUUUAUUUUUUUCUUUAUUUGGUUGGCAUAACCAUCAAUUUUUUCAUUUUUCUUACCGCUGUUUGUCAAACUUUUCUUUGCACUGUGCAGUCUGAAAAAAGUUCUUUUUGCACAGUGCAAUGGGAAAAAGAAUUUUUUUCCGCCGCACUGUGCAGGAGAAAACUUAUUUUUUUUGCACAGUGCGGUCCUGAAAAAUCGAUUUUUUUGCACAGUGCGGUCAGAAAAAACCUAAUUCAGUGCAAUUGGAAAGUAUGUUUUUUCCGCCGCACUGUGCAGGAGAAAACUUAUUUUUUUUGCACAGUGCGGUCGGAAAAACCAUUUUUUGCACUGUGCAAUCGAAAAGCAGUUUUUUUUCCGCCGCACUGUGCAGUAGAAAACCUUUUUUUCGCACAGUGCGGUCAGAAAAAAGUUUUUUUUGCACAGUGCAAUCGAAAAACAUGCUUUUUUGCUUCACGCUGCACUGUGCAGUCAAAAAAAGUUUCUUUUGCACCGCGCAAUUGGAAAAAAGUUUUUUUUGCACAGUGCAGUCUGAAGAAAUUUUUGUGAUAUUGCACAGUGCAAUGGAAAAAUACAUUUUUUUCUUCUGCUGCACUGUACAAUCGAAAAUGAAAUUUUUCUUUGCCCAGUGCGGUCAGAAAAAAGCUGUAGUUUUGCACAGUGCAAUCAAAAAAACAUUUUCCUUGCUUCCCGUUGCACUGUGCAGUCGGAAAAUUUUCUUUUGAUAUUGCACUGUGCAGCCGGAAGAAGUUUCUUUUUUGCACUGUGCAAUCGAAAAGUGUUGUUUUUUCCGCCGCACUGUGCAGGAGAAAACUUAUUUUUUUUGCACAGUGCGGUCAGAAAAACGUUUUUUUUGCACAGUGCAAUCGGAAAAAAAAAUAUUUCAUUUUGUUGCACUGUGCGUUCCGCAAAAAUAAAAAAAAAGAACUUUUGCACGGUGCUAUAACUACAUAGAAAACCCUCCAUAAAAACAUCAUCUCCCCUUUUUUUCUUUUUGAUUUUUAUUUUCCAGCACAACCUAUUACAUCCCGACCGAUUUGACGGUCUCCCAGGAGCCUCUGACCGAUUUCCAAGAAUUUUUGUACUUGGUUCCGCGCAUUUAUACGAAUGAAACGAUUUUUGAGGAGCAAAGGAGGUAUAAGCAUGCGAUGAUAACGACUUACGAAGCGUGCGACACCUACCUUUUGAAGCCGACGAAUUCGACUGUUAAGGUGUCUCAAUGCGGCACUUUGUAAGUUGAAAAAUGAAAAAAUAUUGAAAAAUUUAGUUUUUGAAAUUGGGUAAAUUUUUUUUAUAAAGUUUGUAGAAAAUGCCCUUAGGACAUGAAAUUUUAUCUUUUAAAAUUUUAGACCAUAAUUUUUUUAGUUUUUCAAAAAUUACAGUUAUUUUUUCAUUAAAAAAAUUUUAUUUUCGAAUUGAACAAAAAAAUUGAAAAAGACAUUGCCCUUAGGGUCUAAAAUUUAAUCAGUAAAAAUUUUAGCCCAAAAUUUUACAUUUUCACAAAAUUACAGUGAUUUUUUUACCAAAAAAUUUUAUUUUUAAAUUUCAUAAAAAUUGGGAAAUAAUGCCCUUAGGGCCUAAAAUUUCAUAUUUUAAAUGUUUAGAUUAUAUGUAUUUUUAAAUUUUUGAAAAGUUGCAUUAAUUUUUUCUCUCAAAAAGUCUUAUUUUCAAAAUAAAUAAAAAUCGGUAUAAAUGCCCUCAGGGCCUAAAAUUUCAUCUAUCAAAAUUCCAUAUCAAAAUUUUUAAUUUUGACGAAAUUACAGUAAUUUUUUACAAAAAAAAAUAUUUUCAUUUAUCAUUAAAAGUCGGUAGAAAAGCCCUGAGGGCCUAAAAUUUCAUCUAUCAAAAUUUCAUACCAAAAUUUUUUUAUUUUCAGGAAAUUACAGUAAUUUUUACAAAAAAAAAAUUAUUUUCAAAUUGCAAAAAAAAAAAACUUUUUAAAAGUUGCCCUUAGGGCUUAAAAUUUCAUUUACCAAAAUUUCAUACCAAAAUUUUUUAUUUUUACGAAAUUACACUAAAUUUUUAGAAAAAAAAUUAUUUUCAUUUAUCACUAAAAGUCGGUAGAAAUGCCCUGAGGGCCUAAAAUUUCAUCUAUCAAAAUUUCAUACCAAAAUUUUUUAUUUUCACGAAAUUACAGUAAUUUUUUACAAAAAAAAAUUAUUUUUAUUUAUCAUUAAAAAAACUUUUUAAAAGUUGCCCUCAGGGCCUAAAAUUUCAUCUAUCAAAAUUUCAUAUCCAAAUUUUUUAUUUUCACCAAAUUACAGUAAUUUUUCCCCCCAAAAGCAGUAAUUUUUCCCCCAAAAAGUUCCCAUUUUCAGCUACAUUCUCCUCUUUGUCUUGAUCGCGAUGGGAGUCCUCUCAGUUGCUCUCCCAGUCGCCGUGAAGCUCUUCUUCUGCAUUCGAAAUUGCCGUCGUCUUCGUGGCGCCUACAAGCAGCCUCAGGCCAUUUCUCCGGUCACACCCAGGGUGUACCGCCCGGAACCGUCGAAGGUCCAAGUCGUGGAGGCCAAGGAGGGCGACAAGCAGAGCGACAAGCAAUACGAAUCGGUCCAAGGAACUGCCAGUGGGGUCACUGAGCAACAACAACAAGUCACUAAUCUGGACAGUGUGCCGCUCGCAGGGCCAACUGGAACUGAGAAAAAGGAGGAGAAAUGA